AUGGAGGUGGGCUGUGACCAUCAGCUCGGGAGCCGACUCAAAGAGGACAAUUGUGGUGUCUGUGGGGGGGACGGGACGACCUGCCGCUUGGUCCGAGGGCAGGGCUCACCUCAGCUCAGCCCAAACCAGUCUGUGCAGACGGUGGUGGAGGUGCCAGUAGGAAGUCGUUCGCUCAGAAUCAGCGCCAAAGGACCGGGCAUCAUGAUGAUCGAGUCGGUCUCUGUCUUGGGAAGGAGGGAGGAGACCGCCCUGGUGUCCUCUGGCUCCUUCACUUUGGGAAACACUUCGGUGGACUUCCACAGAGUGUCCGACAAACAGACUUUGAAGGCGCUCCAGCCUCUCGGCGCAGACUACAUCAUUAAGAUGAAGUUCGGUGGCCCGAAGGACACAACGGUGCAGUUCCUAUUUUAUCAGCCAAUCAGUUUCCAUUGGAGAGAGACCGACUUCUUCCCCUGCUCUGUGACCUGUGGAGGAGCUUUCCAAGAUUGUCCGGCACCUCGAUUCCUGUAUCUUUCUCAAAUGGAAAUGGACACCAUCACUUUCAAUUGA